AUGGAUGAUUUGAGUAGAAAGUUGAUAGAAGAGCAAGGCAAUGCUGCUCGAUGCGAGGCACUGGCGAACGAAUACAGUGUUCAGAUACAAGAGUUGAGACGAAUGGUUACAGACGAUCGAUUCGCACAGCUACAAUCCAGAGAGGAAGAUGAUUAUAAUAGAAAAAACUGGGAAUAUAAUUUCAAAGCAAAGUGAAUCGAAGCUUAAUACAUCCCAAAUUGAUGUUGGUUUGAAACAUCAACGAAAAACUUUAACCAACAAUCGCGAAACGCUAUCUGUUCCCGAGAACGCUAGGAUACAUAGCCCAAGUAGUGAUUAUGAGUCGAACAAUAUCAGCCUACCAGUGAAAUCACAAAAAGCAGUAACAAAUGUAUCAGCAAUUCCACCUACGGUUGAGUCCAAACUGUCGAAUGAAAACAUUCAAAAUGCUCUAUCUGAGAAGAAAACAUUUCGUGAUCAACAGCUACAAUCCCGGGAGAACCAUGAUCAUAAUAGAAUUGAAAAAUAUUUGAAGUCUGCGUCCAAUGCAUUGAAGUCUGAAAGUUCGGCUCAGUUGGAAAGUGUCACAAGUGGAAUAAUCAUUUCAAGCAUUUUAUCACCCGAAAGUCCUCUUUUAUCUCCGAUACUAGAAAACACUGGGAGUAGUGUCUCAAAGCGGGGUGAAUCAAAUUGUAAAUCAUCCCAAAGUGAUGUUGGUUUGAGACAUCAUCGAAAAACUUUAACCAACAAUCGCAAAACAUUAUCAGUUCCCGAGCAUGCUGGGAUACAUAGCCCGAGUAGUCGACCGAUGGAAUCCCAGAAAGAAGUGCUAAAGGUAUCAGCAAUUCCAUCUGCGAUUGUGCCCACACAUCCGAGUGAUGAGGACCAAAGUGUUCCUUCUGAGAAGAAAUCAUUUCGUGACCAAGACACACAAUCUAAGGAAGAUGCACCUAUUGGUUGGAAAGUUAUUCCUUACAGAAAGUCACACAAAACAAACAUUAGGAAUACAUCUGAAGAAAAGAACAAAUCUAGGAGGGGUAAACAAAAUGUCUAUGCCGAUUCGAAAACGAGUGAAGAUUACGAAGAAAAUCCAAAACAUCGACGAUGUCUUCCAAAUCCUUUAAAUCGUACGUCUACCGACCCAACAGAUCUUGUACCUCUAAAAAGAGAACAUUCUGGGAAAAUCCAUAACAGCAAGAACCCAAAACUUUAUACGACGACUGGAACAAACGAUAGGAACCGAAUUGUUCAAAAAAAACAAGCCGAGAACGGUUAUACCGAUUUGAAAAUGAAGAAUCCAAAACGAUAUGAACGAUCCCCUCCAAAAAUAUCAAACUUUCCAUCUCCUAACCAACCAAAUCCUAUGAGUUUGGACAUAGAACGUACUGAGAAAUUUGGCGAGGACAAAGGAACGGUUGAAACACAAAAUAGGAAUACAACUGUUGAAGGAAAACAAUCCGCGAAGGGAAAAUACAGUGUUUACGUCUAUUCGAAAACGAUAGACGAUCUCAAAGAGAAUCCCAAACAUAGAGUGUCAGAUCCCAUAAUUUCAAAUCGACAAUCUGAUCACCGGUCUGACCAUGUGCCCUUGGGAGUGGAAUCUCUUGGAAAAUCUUAUAACGAAGUGAAUUCAUCAAAUCAUAUGCAAUCAUCAAAAGGCCAUUCUAAAUCACAUUCUUCAAACGUGGACUCGAAAAAGGAAGCUACCGCCAUGAGGGUCGAUAAAAGAGAUCCAGCAUCAUUCAAACAGAUCAAUUCGAAAAAUGGUGAAAUCAGAAGCGAAGUAAAGCCAACACCGGUUUUGAACAAAACGCUUUCAAAAAUGUGUACUGGGUCGUAUGAUAAAAGACGUAGAAACGAAACCACAAUACUGAAAAAUGUUGAGAAAGAAGCGAUAUCUCAACCAAAUGUUGACCAUGCAGGGAAGAAUUCCACUGUGUCAACGCCAGCCGAUUCUCUGGAAAACUACACGCCGAGUGGCAGAUUGAUUGAUUCGGUGUUACGUGGGCGCAGUAGUAUCUCUUUGGAGCGUCGAAUAAUACAUUCUGUAACCAACGCAACAGAUAAGAACGAUGUGCAAUCUUUGGAAAUCACUCCCGUAUUUUUUAGAGGUCGUCCAUUAUCAUCAUCUGAAUCGGUAGAUUUAGACUCCGGUGAAGAAAUAUCGAAUUCAACCCGAGUCAACUUCGGUGACUCAGGAUAUGAGAAGUUCAAAAGAACCCUUCGUAGAGGAGUGCGUUCUUCGGCGAAUACGUUUCAGAACGUUAGUGCUAUAGAAGUAAACUCCAUAUCAGUUCCUCCACUUCCGGAAUCUAUUGGAGUUAUUUCAUCGAAUGAUGCCGCGAGCAGUGUUGAGAACAAAAAAGUUGCGGUUAGCGAGAAUGUCGUGCAAGCUGUCGUGAAGCAGCCGGAACAAACGAGUAACCGGGCCGACAGCGAUAAAAUGGAUGGAAAGAGUUCAACAGUCGUCAUUUAUAAAAAUUCACUGGGCGAAAAGUUAAUUUUGGCGAGCGACCAGAGGGAGGACAGUGAUUACGAUUACAUGACUGCAUGGGACACCAGUGACAUAAUGGUUAUCGACGAUUUGCGUCAAUUUAAAACACCAAUUAGGACAUCGAAAGCGAGAAAUGGAAACCUAUCCUCUCCGUUAGUGAUUGAAAGAGACGGUGGUGGUGGCAGUGGGAUCUCUGCCACUACGACCGCCAGCAGUAAUUGCGAGCAAAGGAAGUGGGGAGAGAUCCUACAGCAUCACCGAAGCAGGCGGCAGCAAAACGCAAAGCAUCCUUUGCCCCUAUCGGGAACAACUAACGACGGGAUAACGACGAUAAAUUAUGGAAUACUUGAAGCGAGAGGACGAAGAAGGAAUGCUAGUGCUAGUAAGUCAGUUGAAGCGAAUGAUAGUGGCGAAAAGCCUGCUCCUCGAUUCUAUGGGGCUGGAACGUCUGGCAGGAGCGUUGGUGGAAAUGCCGCUAUUCAGAAAGCAACGCCCGCGUGUGAUCCAAAGAAGUACGUGCUUAACUUUAGGAUUAAGGUACCAACAGAGGAAAAGAGGCAGCCGAAUAUUGGUCCCAGGAAGUAACUGUAGAUUUCCAUUCUGGUAGAUUUAUUUUAGAAUACUUGUAUUUGUUAGUUCGUUAUUUGAAUUCUUUAUUUUGUUGGGAAUAUAUAAUGGAAGUGAAGGUUAUACAAGACCAGCAAAUAGACUUUGAGAAACCACAAUUGACAUGUCAACAUUGAACUAUUGCCGUGAAAUAUUUCUUUGCGAUGAAUAUUUCAACAUUUUGUGUCGAAAAGUGUUCCCGUGGCCGAGUGGUUACCGUGCCACACUAUCAUGCCGGGGGUUCGGGUUCGAUUCCCGUUCUAGCUGGGAGAUUUUUCGUCAAAGGAAAUUCUACCGGCUUGCACUGUGGUCACGCGUAUUUUAAAGCUUGCCACUCCAAAGUACAUUAUGCGUGUUAUUCAGCAUAGAGAUCUCAACCAAGUACUAUGUACUAAUAAAAAUGACGUGAUGCUACGUUGAGAAGGCAAAAGUUCCACUGGAACGUUAGAAGUGUCGAAAAUCGAAGAUGGAAUUCGUGUUUGGUCGAUGUUCAGUCAGACCGGACAAUGUAACAUGGAAAGGAAAAAAAUGUUCAUGAUAGCAAAAAAUCAAACUACUUUUAUCAGAUCACACUAAUGUUGCAGAUAGCCAUGUUUAAGACAUAAAUUUAUUUUGAAUGAUCAGCAGAAGCAGUAUGCAGUGAGAGUGGACCAAGUGCAUACGAAAAUGGAAGGGAUUUCAAAUGAAAUAUUCCCCUUUAUUCUGCGCGGCGAAUGAGGUGAGAUGGCAGAGUUUCUCGCUUUAUUCUGGAAGCCACCCUACUUUUUAGCUCCUAUUUGAUACCGUUUGAUAGUCGAUAACAUAUGAAGACACGACUUCAAAUCUUACCUAGUGACAAACUAUAGUCACCCCGUUCGCUUCCGGGAACAUCGUGACUUGAGCAAUCUUACGUCAUUCGCCGCGUAGAAUAGGGGGGAUUGAAUUUCUCCACAUCAGAGGAUACUUCUCUUUUGAACACGUACUCAUAUUGAAACACAAUGCUUACGCUUUUCGGAUAAAUCAUAGUUAUUGAAAAGUUGAUCGAAUAUAUUAUUAUAUCUUGUUCAGACAGAGUGGACCAAGUACCAGAGAGUAAAAAAUUGUUAUUAUUACAC